AUGCCGCCCGGCCACCUCCCCUCCCCGUCUCGGCCGAGCGCCCCCUGCUCCGCGUCGCUGCGCCACCUGGCAACCGCCCUCGCCUCCCUCUCUUCCCUGUCUGCGGAGGCCGCCGAGCAGGGCAGCGGCGCAGGCGUGGAGCGCACAGGCCAGAUCCCGCAUCCGAGCUCUGGUCGUCCGGCGGGCAGGCGGGCACCGGGGAGGCGUCACCGCGUUGCAAGCCGCAGCGCGCAGCCGGCAGCUGGCAGCCGAGCCCGGCCGCAGGCACUAAACAGCGGGCAAGCCGUUCGUGGGGAUGCCCCUUUGUCCCUCUGUGCCUGGUGGAGUCGUGUGCUCGUGGACGGUAGACCAUGA